AUGUUGAGCCUUUCACAAAGGCGAAGGCUUACCCAAUUGAGCCGCAAGGUCAUUCUACUAGUGAUUCUAUUGCUUUGCAUCUUUUCAUGUUCGUCCAUUAGGGUACAUUUAGCAAAUAUGCUUCGUCAACCAGCGAACGUAGGUGCAUACGAGGGCGGAGCCAUUGAUGAUGUUAAGCUCAUCAGGUGCUACCGGUGGUACAUAGGAUGUGAUACCGUAUUUGAGAGGACUGAUCGUCACAGCCCUAUAAAACUUUGGCUGAGAGUGAAAAAAGAUCUCAACAAUGACAAACUCUUUGCCAUUGAUUGGCAUUUUUUGUAUCACACGUUUCUCUAUGUUCAUCCAGCCAAACCAGCCUUCGAGCAUGGCUGUGUUUCAGACCUGGUGAUCACCAACGACAGAUCAGUCGUUCCAGUCCAGGUUCUCCGAGACGUGAACGAUCGACUGAGGUCAAGCGAUAGUUCUAUGUUUCACAAGCACGACCAUCAAGUGGAUUGUUGGUCCAAGAUGUUCGGCGCCACUUCAGAAAAUCUGAUAGUAAGAGGCGAAGAUUGGCAUUAUAAGGGAUCCGGAGUUUGGUGUAAAUAUUCACCAGCUCGUAGCGACAAAGACAGUGAACUAAUCACCAAUAUUCAGAUUUUUGUGGCGAAUGAAUUCGUAGACCCUAGACCCAGCUGGAAAAGCGCUGUCGCUGGGUUGCUCCGAAAAGAAGGCCUGCCGCUGUUUAUAAGUUACCAGAAGAUCAAUCCCAACAAAAUGCCAUUCAAAUAUGCGGAUUAUGGCAAUCUUUUCACCCGUGAAAACGAGUUCAAAAUUCUCCAGUUGUCGGACCUGCAUUUCGUCGGUUCCUCUUACCAAUGCGGUGUGAAAUCUUCUUUGGAAGACCUGAAGACGGCUCAGUUUGUGCGCUUUGUUCUGAAGAAAGAGGCACCAGAUUUGGUGAUCUUCACUGGAGACCUGAUCGAGGGUUCCAGCACGCUAGAUUAUCAAGCAGCCAUCAUGAAGGCACUCGGCGAAGUGAUUUUAGCAGGAGUUCCGUGGAUACUUAGCUGGGGGCAGUCUGAUUAUUCCAGAUUUGCCUCUAAGAGUCAGAUUUUGGACUUCGUGAAGGAGCUACCCUUUGGCUUAGUAAAGAUGAAUAAGAGAGUCGCCCAAUAUGCCGCUGCAAAUACUACCACCAACGCGCUCACACUGAACAAUGAAAAGGGACUGGUUGGCGUGAUCUAUGUUUUAGACUCAACUAGCGCUGAAAACCCGGUCGACUUCAUGGAAGCGGCACAUGAACAAAUCACUGGAAAUUUUUACGGUGAACCUUUAUACUCUCUAAUCUUCCAGCAUUCCCCAAUUCCGGAGUAUCGUCCCAGUGGUGCCUUUCCGAUUAUAGGCUCUUUCAAUGAGAAGGAACUUUUGGACGUGGCUCAAUUUGGCAUUGGUGGCGCGAUGAGACGGCUGGGGGUUCAAGCUUUGAGUUGCGGCAGAGAGCACGGGAAUGAUUGCUGCCUUUACGAUAGAAGUGUUUGGUUAUGCUAUGGUGGUCAAACGGGGGUAGCUGGCUACUCCUUGUCGGAAAGCGAGAAUUCGAUUGUACGAUUGUUCCGCAUUGAUCAUAACAUCAGAGAGAUUACAACAUGGAAGCGCAGCAGUGGCAUGCCGGAUGAAGUUUACGACUAUCAAUUUUUGUUUAAGAAUGCAGACUAG